UUCGUCCCACCCAAUGUACCUAUCAUCUCGAGCAAUGGGGUUAGGUUGUCGGUGAUGUUCUUUCCCUCCUUGGUUCGAACUAUCUUCCACCUGCUGUAAUCAAUCUCCCCCCAGGAGAUCCACCCGCCGGGCUCUACGACAAGCACUAAGUAUCAGCACAUGGCGAUACGGCAAGAGCUCAACCGCCUGACCGAAAGAGUGGGACCCAUACUCAACAGCUUGACAAGGUUUUUGAUGAUCGGAGCGGGAUCGUUGCUGUGGACAGCUAGAUGAAACAGUUGGAUGUGGACAAUGUCAUACCUCCCAACGAGGCGGUCUGGCAGCGGUGCCAAGCAGUCGAGGUUGUGAACCGACACGUUGGGUGGUAACCAUUCCUUGGGUGGACACUGCGUCAAGUCGAUAUCGAAGCCGUCGAUCCUUGCCGAAGCCGGGAGAUAUCGCGCCAGGUCCACGAGCCAGAUCCUGCAGAGAAAAGGAUAUGGUGUGAACGACAUGCAUUUGGCCUGCAUGGCUGACAGGAAGGGCACAUAGGGUGAGGGGGAAACUUUAGAUGAAACCGUACCCAGAUUCCGGCGUAUCCGUCCACACAGCUUUAUACAAUAUUCAUCACCAUCAAGCCGCACAAUUGCUCGCCGUCAACAAUCCAACUGGCAAGGCAACCUGUAUCACGGAAACUUCCAUCACAAAACAGUAUAUGCAGAAUAUCGGCAAAAGGACCGCAAGCAUGGCUGCGGCGUAUGCUCCCACUGGGUGCCUUACCAACGACCCCAAGACCACUCAUAUUGCACAACUGGUUGCGUUUGGCCAAACUGUUUACCGAGAGGAGCGUCAAGUGGCCGAAAGUGGAUCCGACUGA